CAACACACCCUUGGAUCGUUCUCAUCGUCUCCAAUGACUUCGCGUCAUAAACCAAGAUUCAUAUGUGCCAUUGCGUAAUUGGGCAAGUCGGAAUCUCGACACUCCGCCAUUUAUUUGGCGUCGCUUUUGCCUCUGUAUUUUUAGACCUCUCACAGGCGGAGGCACAGAUACUCAGUGAGCAGUAAGGCGGAGAGAUGACGGAGGAGGGCGGAAUUAUCGGGAAGCCGCCGGCGUUGGGGAAAGAGCAGAGGCGGCAGUCUAAGGUCACCAUCAAAAGCGCCGACAUGAAGGAGGAGAUGCAGAAGGCUGCCGUCGAUCGCGCCGUGGCCGCGUUCGAGAAGCAUAGUGUGGAAAAGGACAUAGCCGCUUACAUCAAGAAGGAAUUCGAUAGGAUGUACGGGCCUACCUGGCAUUGCAUCGUCGGUCGCAAUUUCGGGUCCUUUGUAACUCAUGAAACAAACCAUUUUGUGUAUUUCUACUUGGAUGAGAAAGCAGUCUUACUGUUCAAGUCUGGAUGACGAAGCUGCAGCCUCGGUUUUAACGAUAUCAAUGAUGUUGGUGUGUUAGCGUUGAUUGCUGUGAUGAUGAUCACUGUAAUGGGUACCUUAAAAGAUUGAUGCUGAUCUUGCUUAGUGAUAGAGUCAGUGCCCAUUAAUUCAUGUAAUUUUGCAAUGUAAGAAUGCGGACAGGAUAUUACUAUGAAACCUGUACAUUUCUGAUAUUUCA